GAUGGCGGAUGCAAGUGAAUGAUGCAUGUGCUAGCCUAAAUCAGCUGUUCAAGUCAUGUCAUUGCAGAGGUUUACAUCUUUUUGUCACGCAAGAACGUUUUUUGUCUUAAAUACACGGCUCAGUGUUCGUCUUUGUUCGUCAAAGAUUUCUAAAAAUCUUAAAUCGGCCAAACUUUACGAACCUCGAGAUGUAGUUCACAACUAUUACAAUUUUUAUGCUGCGAGGGAAAGAUUCUUCAAACCUUCAGUUCGAUGUAUUAGCACUGCUUACCAUCUUCUUCAAGAGAGCAGUAUAUCGACUGACGAAAAAACAAGUGCCACUUUAAAGGACGAAGCGACCAUCAUUUCCCAACUAAAUUCAGAAUUUUACGAGGAAGAAGCUGAUAUUCCAAACAGGCCACCGAAGCCUCGUGCAACCGUUGUACAGUACAAACUAGAUCAAAAUGGUUUUAUGAAGGUUCAAGAUCUAGUAGACUUCCUUAAAAAAGAGAGUGCAGUAGACAUUUGUGUGAUAAAAACAAGAGGAAUUAGGCAAAAUUACGUGGAUUACUUCGUUGUUGUCAGCGGUGUCUCUACAAGACAUAUCAGGGCUAUGGCGAAAAAUCUGGAACUACUGUUCAAAGGAAAAAUGUUACCUGGCAUUGGAAAAGGUGGGCAUCCUGUGGUAGAAGGAAUGGAGAGUAACCAUUGGGUGGCACUAGAUAUAGGUAACAUCGUUGUGCAUUUCUUUCUUCCUGAAGUUCGCGAGGUGUAUGAACUGGAGAAGCUUUGGACUCUAGGGCCAGAGUAUGAUGACCAAUCAAGGGCCUUUUUGGAGGAAGAGAGAUUUCGUCAGGCAACUGAGUAUGGUAUAAAACUUGACAAACCAGUCAGUGAUGAGCUUGGUGAGGAUGGUCCUGUUGUUGAAGAGCUUGGCAUAGAUGAUCCACGUCGCUACUGAGCAUAACUUAAGUGACAAAACCAUGGGAGGGUAACAUAGUUUGAUGUAAGCUUCAUACGCUUCCUAAAUGAAUUACAUUUGCUACGUAUGUUUCCUACCUUGAGCAUAAAAUUGGUAAACCUAUGGAGAUAAACUGUCAAAUCUUUGAGAAGCCCCUUUGGGAUCUCACUGCACCCCUUUCACAUUGGCAAGAAGUCAGAGGUCUGAGCAGAUCUUAACCAAAUUAUAGAGAUGUUGCAAUGUUGCACCUCAUUUGGUUGUCAGGCAAAGGAAGCUCGGAUGGAGAAUUGUGGUGCGUGGAGGGGAUGCCCUUUCAUAUCCCCCUUUCUCCCUCUACUUACAGGUGCAUACAUUUCACCCAUACCUGGCAGCAUGUGUGGUGAACGAGCAGAAGAAUGAAAUACACACAAGUAUACUUUCAGAAAAAUUUUAAAAAAUUACAUGUGAUACAGUUUUCUGCAGUUUAUUUGAAGUUCUCCAUUUAAGAGGUGCUACUUUGUAGUAAAUAAUGUUACAGUUUGGAAAGUUCUCUUGAAACUUAAGUAGAUUAUCAGUUAGUCAUGAAAUAGUUAUAUAGACUAAAAUUCAGCAAUAUAUAGUAUUUCUUAGUUUGAAUAGUAUCUCUAUAUGACACAUACUUGAAAAUUGCCAAUAGAAUUAAUGGAACUGCUUUGAUAUAGUGAUAUAGUGGAAAUAUAGUUAUACUGAUAAAUUAUUGGCUUAAGGUGCAGUAUUCGUAAUUGUAGGAUACUUGUAUUCAAGAUGUUAAUUUUUCAAAGCUAUCUCGGAGAAUUUUUUAAGUCAGAACUGUAUUUCUCUUAAAGUUUUCUCAGAAGUUAGAGGAGAAGUAUACUCCAGACACCAUAUAAUUUUCAUCUUUUUCAAUAAAAAGUACAAAUGAAAUUGUGAAUAAAAGUUGUAUGGUUUCUGAAGUGAACCUCUCCUUCAGACAUUAUUUUUACUUGUUCAUCAUACAGGCAGAAAAAUGUAACACGUGAUGUGCAAUGCACGUGGAUUAAUACGUGAUGUGUAGUGCACUCACAUAGGACUUUAUGUCUGUCCCACGUGGCAAGAAUAUGAUGUGCAAUGCACGUGGAUUAAUACGUGAUGUGUAGUGCA